GGGUACCAUCUGUGCAACUACACCCUGACCAAAAAUGUGUUUAAAAUGGUUGCCUACCAAAAGUCCUAUGAGAGAAACAUGUCCUGUGGAGGAUGGAUACCGUGGAUGGUGUGUCCCAGACAUACUAUAGAACCCAGUAUCGUAGCAUUGAAGUCCCUGAAACCAUCACUCUCACAGAUUGCUGUGAGGGAUAUGAACAAGUUGGACUCUACUGCUCCCUAGCACUCAACAGAUCCAGUGUAUUUGCCUCAAGACCUGGUACUUGUCCAAUGGAGAAUAUGGAAACCUCUGAUUAUCCUUGCACGUUCGAUACUGAGUGUCCAGGGCUCAAAAAAUGCUGCAACUCAUCCAGAGGAGCAGGCUGUGUGGACCCAAUGCCAGAGGGAAGAACAUUCUGGUACAACGUGACAGUGCUUGUGAAAAUGGAUUUUAAUGAAUUAAUCAGAGUGGAUUCCCACCGUCUGAAUCAUUCCCGCCUUUUGCACUCCAUGAUCACUGGCGCGUUGCAGCCCUUGAAUGCCUCUGUGCACCACAUCCAGAGCAAUCCUGCAGGGAUAUACGCCGGGACAGUGGCCUCCCAGAUUCUCCUUGGGCUGCACCAGCCGGCUCUGCUGGCUGAGGUCUCUUCUUCCCUGGCUGACGUGGUGAAACACGUGUAUGAAGUGACUGACACGCAAGUGCAAGAUGUCAAUGAAUGUUCCUAUGCUGAACUCAACGCCUGCCCCCAGAAAAGCACCUGUGUAAACCUGGAGGGUUAUUACAGCUGUGACCCUCAUGCCCAUGCCAUCCCUCACCAGCUGAGCCAAAGGAAGGAAGGUAAGAAACAUAGAUUUCACCUUGGGGAAACACAGAGGAAGUUUCUGUGGGAAUUUGCUGUCUGUCACAGGGGUCACCUGCAGAGCAAGGAUUUCUGGAGGACUCAGUGCCCCUUCUCCUCCUGCUGGGAGGAGAUGCCACAUAAGCCAGCUGUUACCUAUUUCCCCUUAGGCAUUGCAGCAUCUACUCCAAGUUCAGCAGUAGAUGCCAUUAGUACCAGCAAUAGCUCUCCUUCUGUAAUGAAUUCAAGUCUUUUGUCCAUAACUAACCAAUCUGCAGAUGCUGGAUGCUAUCCUUCUGCAGUGACAAACCACCGAAUCUUCAGCGUUACCAGCAACAGUUUCGAAAUGUCCUGGCAUGUCACUUCUCCUCUGAACCACACUUUCCAAGUCCAAGUGUUCAAGGGCCAGGAGACUGUCCAAGACCUGAAGACAGAGGAAAUGAAAAUGGAUGUGUCUCAUCUGGAGGCAGGUGUGAUGUAUUCAGUCGAGGUCCGCUAUGAAACCUGUGGAAAAACCAUCAUCUCCCGUCAAAGUGUUAAAACAGAGGCCCAGAUAUUUGGUGUUACUCUAAGGAUUCUCAACUACAACUUCACUGAUGAUUUCCAUAAUUCCAGCAGCUCAGCAUGUGAAGAAUUUUCAAGGCUGUUUCUUACAGAGCUUGAACAUUCAUUUCCACCUGACAUUUCUGCUUUAUACAAAUCUGGGAAGCUGAAAUUGCAGAUUGAAUCCCUGCAGGCUGGAAGUGUCAUUGUGAGGCUCAGAAUCACUGUGCAGGAUCCUGAGCUUCCAGUCAAUGCCUCCACAUUUGCCCCAGUGCUUUCCUACCUGCACAACAGUUCCAUGAUUUUGGUGGAUCAGCAAAACACUGCAGUAGGAGACUGGGAUGAAUGUGCUUCUCACACCGAGAACGACUGCUCUGUGUUUGCAGAGUGUAUCAAUCUGAUGGGCUCCUACAUGUGCAGAUGCAAGACAACCAUGGAUACCAAUCCAUCCAGACCUGGAAGGAACUGUGAGGGUGAGAUUGUGGAUCCUCUGGCUGAAACGAUGGCUCCUGAAACAAGAAACAGCACAGAGUUUGCUCCUGAAGAAGGAAGCCCUGCAGGCCUUGCAUCUCCUGCUGCCACUGAGACAGCGGCCUCUUCGCUGCCCCUGGGUGACAAACAAGUGUCCCACAGUCCCACCAGUGCUCCUUCAGCCCCUUGGAAAAAAGGUCUGGCAGCACAGGUGGGCUUUGACAGCCCCAAAGCCACGGGGACCACAACCAGCAAGGCACUGGCUGUGAGCACAGCGAGUCGGGCAGACACAAGUCCAUGGCAGCAAAGCUCCCUGGAAAAGGCUUCCCCUGGAGCACCACAGCCAGAGGCUGCUCUCACAGACAUUCCCACGGGCACAGCUGGGCAGGAGCAACUCAGCUCCCCAUUGCUGGCAUUUCCAAAUCAAACAGCCUCUGCUACCACCAGAAUUCCUGGUGUGCCCCAGGCCAGCUCUCGAGGUGGCCCUGGCACAGCUCUGCCGGCCACUGGGAAUGCUGGUGUUCCCACCCUCAACGCCACUCUUGGAGCAGAUGUGGAGGUGGCAAGAGAGAACAGCUCUUGGUCCCAGGAUUACACUGGACCCCUGGGGUCUCCAGCUUUUCCAGGUGCCUCUCCAGCUCCCAGCCUGGUGCCAGGCCCAACUAUGGAUCACACUGUCCAGAAGCUUAGUGGCACAGUUCGGAUAACAAAUGUGAAAUACUCCCCAGGCUUUAGCAAUACCAGCAGUGAGGAAUAUCAAACCUUUGCACAGCUCUUUGUUGAUGAAAUCCAUAAAUCUCUACCCCUCGAUGUUCUUCAGCAGGUGGAUGCUGGUGUGAUUAAAGUGCUGAUAACAGGUAUUACCAAUGGCAGCACGGUGGUAGGUUUCAGUUUAGUGGUUGCAGAAGAUGUGGAUAUCCACUGUGUCAUCACCACUUUUCGGGAUGCCUUGGAACACAGCUCCUACUUCACCAUUGACAAGAGCAGCCUCUCCAUAAAGGCACUUCCUAUCAGCCAGAAGGCAACAGUGACAGAUAAGAAACCCGUGCACAACACAGUUUUAUCUGUGACAUCUUUGCAAACUUCUUCCCCUGCUUCACUGGACUUCUCUGCUGCUGAGCACAAAGCUCUGGAGGACACCACAUUCUCCAGCACGGUGCUGCCUCCUCUCACCAAGGAUCCCGUGUCAACUCCUGAUGUUUCUCCUCAAGCGUCUCCAGCCCCCCUUGCCAAACCUGCCCAGGAGGCUUCCAUUAAAGACGCAGUGAGCGUGUUCUGUGAAAUUGAGAAGAUCGUCCUGGCCAUCCAGAAGAGGUUUUUACAGCAGGAGUCCAUCCCAGAAGCCUCCCUGUACCUGGGGGAGCCUCACUGCAAUGUGAGCAGGAGCAAUGGCACCCACGUUGUGCUGCAGGCAGGAUGGAGCAACUGCAGCACCGAGGUGGAGACUAACAUGACUAACACUGUAGUGAAAACCAUCCUUCGGAACGACGUUCCUGCUCAGGGAAUAAUCCACCACUUAAAAGUUGCCAGUCCCAUUCGCUGUGUGUUUCAAAAUGAUGCCUUGGCUUCCUCUGGGUACACUGCAGAAGGACUUUACACCAUCUUUGAGGACUUGCAUGGAUCUGGACACUUCAGAACACAAAUGCAGCUGUUUAUUGGAAACUCCCCAAUACCAAAGAACUUCAGUGUCUCUGCCAGUGAUGAUGUGCUGAUCGAAGUGGGGAUCCAGAGAGGGGACAGCAAGCUCAAGGUGGUUCUCACUGACUGCUGGGCAACUCCAACUAAUAAUUCAGUGGAUCCCCUCUCAUUUGUUUUUAUCAGCAACAGCUGUCCCAUCCCAAAUACAUACACCACACUGCUAGAGAAUGGGAACUCAAGCAAAGCCCAGUUUAAGAUGAAAAUUUUUUCCUUUGUCAACAAUUCUGUGGUUUACUUACACUGCAGAAUUCGUAUCUGUAUGGAGACACUGGGAAGGACCUGCAGGACAAGAUGCCACCCCAUGGUUCGGUUCCUGAAGGCUGGAGAAGUCAUUGCUACACACAGAACAUCCUGGGGACCCCUGUGUAAAGCAGCUGCAUCUGAUUUGAAGAGGGAAAAGGAGGCUGGAAUGGGAGUUGGAUAUAUCAUCCUCAUUGCCCUUACUGUGGUUGGGUUUGUGCUGGGAGUUGUGAGCCUUCUCAUUUUCCAGUACCAGCGAAAGAUGGGAAGACACAACUUCAGAAUCAAGUCUGACAACAUCAGCUACCAAGUGUUCUACGAUUAGAGAUCCUCAGGUUACCUUGUGUGAAGGCCACAGAAGGAAGAAAGAAACUGUUCUUGCCUGUUUUCAAAUGCUGCAGGACUACAGAGGAGGAAGGCAGCAUUGUGUUCUUCAUCUUCCUUCAUGGCUUCCAUCUCAGGCAGAGUAAAUGACACACCACCUGAAAAGAACACCAAUAACCAUUUCCCUAAAAGAAGCACAUCACUUUUGUUUUUGGACCAUGGAUUGGCACAAUAAAGGAGACAAACUUUAGCACUCUCUUUAUAAACUUGCUUCAGAAGUUUUCCCUUUCUGCAAUAGCUUGGGGAUUUUUGGUGGUUUUUUUUUGUUUGUUUGUUUUUAAGAAAUAUUUUUCAAGAAAAUAGUGGGAUGUUAAACAUAAAGAGCUGGAAAUGUUGAUGAUCCAUGAAUACUGCACACAAGUGCCUGCACAGAGUCUGAAAAGAUAGCUCUGAGGAGACUUAACCACUGUCACACAUUCUGUCUCUGCAACUUGGGAAUUUAACACUUUCCCAGAAUACCAUAGGGUUCAGCACUUUUUCUGUAAAAAUUAGUGUGUUCUAGCAGCUCACCACCAUUUGGCUUGCUUGCCUCUUUAAGAGGAGGAGAGAGAGGUGAGAAAGCUGGCAGGCUGAAAAAGAACACCUCACUCAGUGGAAAAAGAGAAGAGAAAAAAGAAACAAUUUUUGCUGCUGGCAGCCCAUGAUUAUUACUACUUCACAACUCAAGGAUGUUUACCGUGGAUCAGAUUCUGUUCCUGGAAACAGGCUUGUUUGACAUUGUUACCAGAGUUAGUCAGCAACCCUUUCCUGGGGGGAGGGCUCCUGCAUGACAGUGCAGCUGCCGUGACUACACUGAUUUUACUGGACUCAUCAUGAUGGUAUUUGCAGAUAAUUUAGUUCGAUUCACCCGCAGUAAUGCUUGAUAUAAAUCACAGAGAAAGGGCAGGGAACACUGUACCCCAGCUAUCAACUUGGGAAUCUUGAAUAGUAGUCACCAGUAGCUCAUUGUCUCCCAGUUUUACAGUCACAUUGAUCACACUCUUUGUGACACCCAUCUGUGGGCAGCUCCCAGGAGAUGGCUGCAGGUGAGGGUGAUGCUCUGAUGGCUUCCCAAAGGCUGGGCAGGGCUACCUGUUGGGAUUCCAAAGGGAUGAUACCCAGGACUCCUUGGACUAACUCCAGCAGCUGUACAGUUCCAUCAGUGACGCAAGUCCCACCAUGGAGCCAUAAAGGGCAUAUUGAGGUUCAUUAAAAUAAAACCAGAAUAUGAAGCCUCUGAGUCUCUCCACAGAGAGAAGAAUGGCUUGCCUUGUAUUCAUCACCCUGCUCUCCUGAGUGGUCAUGGGUGUUUACAACACCUGAUAGUAAUGGGAAUUCUGGAGUUGUGCAAACAGAGUGCAGCAUGAAGGAUAUUGUCAGGCUCAUAAUGCUUACACACCACGUUGGAGUCUCAGCUAAUGGCUCCUUUCAGAAGGUGGAGCUACUCAGCUCUUCUUUCCUAUAUAUUAACUUUCUUUGAAAGUUACUUUCUUUGAUUUCUCAAUCAUGAUUAAUUUGUUUUAAUUCUUUUUCCUAGUGGGAUCAUAUCUCAUCACGUGGAGAACUGAAGCUUGUCUUCACUCAACAUUUGGCUUGCAUUGCUCUUCUCAGUAGUGGACUGGAUGGGUUGCAACACUGACCCUUCCAAAUUAUUAUCCUACAUAAAGGGCUUCUAAACACUCUGUUUCCCCCCCCCCCCUCUUUUUUUCUUAGCAAUCUGGCUCUUCCCUGGUGUCCUAAGAACUAUUAAUGACUACAGCUCCAGCUUCCAGUGAAUUUUGGCAGUUUUUUCCAUGGAUAAAACAGAAGGGAAAAACCAAAGACCUCAUUAUUAAAAUUCCAAGAUUUGGCUCUCCCACUGUGCCACAUCACGAUGUGCCCAUCUCAGCAUCACUUGUGCCCUUACUCUUGACAAGCUGCCUGUUUUUAUAAAUAUUCCAGGAAGUGAAUCAUCAAACCUGCAGAGAAAUCUCUUUUUUGCUUUGUAAUUCACUGUUUACUUAAGGUGAGGUGGAAACUUGGAGCUGCAACAACGUUGAAGACCUAAUUGUGCAACCCCUUAAGUAUACUGAGAACCUGGAGAACAAGCAUUGGAUUUGCCACCAAGUAAGGGAAAGACACCAUGAAUCCGGGGCUUAACCUGCUCAGAGUGUUCUUCAGCACUCUGAUUUUGAGAUUUGAUGGAAAAUUCUGUAAUUGACAAGGACUCAGUGGAAAAAGAGAAGAGGAAAAAAAAACCCCGAUUUUUCCUGCUGGCAGCCCAGAUAAGUCAAUUGGUACCUGUAUAUUCUGUUAAUUAGACCAUAAUGAUUGUACAGUCAAGCCACAAGUGAGAGCACUCCAAUUAUAACUGAAUAGUUUAUAUAUUUGAGCUGAGUUUUGCCUGGCUGCAAGACCAUUAUUGCUGCAGCAAAGGCUCAAUUUACACACUCCAUUGGGCACAACAAGAGUUUGUUCACCUGGAUAAACUGGAACAAAAGCCACUUCCACACAGUAAGCAUCUCCUGCAGGAUUCUUUCCUGGAGUGCUCUUCUCUGCUGCCCCAAAACUCCACUUCAGGGAGUGUGUUGGAAGAUGGAGAGUGAAAUGGUGGUGUAACUUGUCCCACCUCCCCUUUAUUCUGUUUGCUGCAUGUGCUCCUCCCACACAGUGACAGUCUGCUCUGUCUGGGUCACAUCAAUUUAUAAUGAACAAACUAAUUCCUCCUCAAUACCAAUAGACAACAUUAUAAAUAAUUCUUAGUGGAAAUUGGUCCUUAACCCGAAGGCAUGAACACUUUUAGUAGCCAUAGCACUUAGGUGCUGAUUUUUUGGUACAGAACAGAAUAGGAAAGUUGCUUUUCUAUCCCCCUAGUCCAAUUUCUGUUAGGUAAUAAGAUUAACGGGGUAAAAGACUUCCACAUUUUGCAAAAGGUGAUACUAAUGGAUCUUAGAGGUUUUAUAUACACCGUUUAAAUAUAUAAAUACGUUUCAGAGUUAGUCAUUUGCAUUAGGCUUUGGAUUCAGGUGACUGUGUAAGGAGUAAAACACUUUGACUUAACUUGUCCUUGCUACCAUACCAGAUCUUGAUAUAUAUAUAUAUAUAUAAAUAAUUUAGUUGUCAUUAGUGAAACUAAAUUAUCUUUGCAGUCAUAGAGUCUGACGAACAUAGAAGCAUAGAAUGGUUUGAGUUGGAAGGGACCUUAAAGACCAUCUAGCUCCAAGUCCCUGCCAAGGCAAGGGACACCUUCCACUAGACCAGGUUGCUCAGAGCCCUGUCCAGCCUGGCCUUGAAAACCUCCAGAGAUGGGGAGUCCACAACUUCUCAAAAUAACCCUUAGCUUUUGUUAUGUAGGAGUCUCUCAACUUUUGCUCAGUUUUCUCUCAAAUAUGUAAUGUGUUUGCCUUCUGCACACAGUGAAAGAAUAAGCUAUUUUGUUACAAAUAUUUUUCUAGUUUUUAGUAUUUGCAAUCCUGGACUCCUUGGAGGUGACAGGACUAGAGAUCUGCCCAUUGAUUUUGGUGGAGCUAUGCCAUUUACAAGGGCUGAGCACUAACCUUUAGAGAAAAUGCAAACCAAUAGCUUGUCCCCCAUGCUUUGGAUGAUCAGCAGAAACUGCUGUUGUGACUGAGCCUGUUCAGAAGAAUUUUCAUGCCUUAAU